AUGAGGAUCGCCAUUCGCGAGCAACUGGCAGUCCUCGUGCUCCUUGCCGUCCUCGUCGCCCUCGCCAUUGUCUCCAUACCUGUUUGGGUCUACGUCAACCAGUUCGUGGUUGGUGUCACCUCUGGCGGGCUCACGCUCACGGCAUCUCUGAGGGCGGCUCAGAUCGCCUCGGAGCUCUCGUUGAUCCAGACGACAUGUAACACCAUUACCUCCCGCUUGCUGUUGCAGACCGUCCUCAAGGACUUUUAUCGCGGCAAUGAUACCAGCCCCGGCUGGAAUACGGCGGGCGAGGACCUCAGGAGCGCGCUCGAUUCCGGUCUCGCCGGAGGCACCCGCGCUCGCCUCCUGCAGGCUCGAGUUUACUCUCGGAACACGACAGGAGCCAAGGCUGAUGGUCUCCUCAGCAUCACUGGGAGCGGCGACCCGGUGACGCUGCCAUAUGUGGGCAGCAAUGGCGACGUCGUCGAAUUGGGUGAUGUUGGCUUUGGCUAUCCGCCUUCUCUCUACCCCAACAUUACCUACUACAAUUCGUCCGAUCCUGAUCCCCUCAACCCUGGGCACACUGCCCAAGUUGCGCGGCCAUUUCCAGAUAUUCGGAUCGACACCACCGUGAACGGUCUCAUUCUCGGCCCACUGAUGCUGACUGAAGAGGAUGCACUCGUGUCCUUCACGACUCCGAUUCGAGAGAAUUCCAACUCGAAUGCCAUCCUGGGCUACAUGACAGUGGUUGCCGACGCCUCGUCGAUUAUCGGGAUUGCGCAGUCUAAGGAAGGCCUCGGCACGACCGGGAGCCUCUUGAUCGUGGGUCCUGCGACUGGCUGGAAUCGCUUCAGCAGAUGGAACUUGCCUGCCAAUUCGACGCACGACGCAGCAGCUAACUUCACGUCCGUCGACGUCCGUUUUGUGCUACCACCCACCCCGCAACCAGGACAGCCUGACCGUCAUACCGGACACAGCUAUGCUAGCGGCACGUUCGAUGAUCCGUGGAAGGUUGUGGAUUAUAAUGCCGUAUACAAAGCAUUCACGGAACGCAACACUGCUCUCAACAAUGCCAGCAGCAUGCUCUACACCUACAACGAGCAGGGCGUCCCCGUUGCCGUUGGAUAUGCUCGACCACCGACAGCCCUUGUGAACUGGACUGUAAUCAUUGAGCAGGAUGCCUCUGAAGCCGAUAUCCCCAUCAGCACUUUGAGAAAAAUCCUGCUUGGUUGUGUGUUUGGUACCGCUGGGUUGGUUUGCUUGCUCAUUUUCCCGUGUGCGCACAUUAGUGUAAAGCCUAUCCGGGAGUUGAAGGCGGCCACCGAGAAGAGCGUUGCACCGCCAGGCUCAGAUGAGGGCUACGAUGAUGAUCUCGACUAUGGCGAUGGUGCGAGGUCUUCCUCCGCGAUUGUUAGCAACAAAUCUGAGAAGGGCAUGAUGGUACAAAUCAAGAAGUUCAUGGGGCUGCACAAUACUGGCCCUCAGCUGUCGGCCAGCGAUCGUGCACGCCAAGCUAAUCGCAGCUUCAAGAUUCCGAGCCAAGUCAAGGAUCACAAGCACAUCAUUACGGACGAGCUGACAGAGCUGACCACGACUUUCAACGAAAUGAGCCGAGAGCUCGAGGCGCAAUACUCCUCAUUGGAGGAUAAGGUCGCCGUGAGAACGCAGGAGCUCGAGAUCAGCAAGAAGGCAGCCGAGGCCGCCAACGAGAGCAAGACCUUGUUUAUCGCCAACAUCUCGCACGAGCUCAAGACGCCGCUCAAUGGCAUUUUGGGCAUGUGUGCUAUCUGCAUGGAGGAAGACGAUAUGCUGCGCAUCAAGCAAUCUUUGAAGACCUUGUACAAGUCUGGAGACCUGCUUCUACAUCUUCUAGAGGACCUCUUGAGUUUCUCCAAGAACCAAAUCGGCCAACAGCUUGCGCUGGAAGAACGCGAAUUCCGUCUCGGAGACAUUCGAUCGCAGAUUCUGACCAUCUUCGACAAGCAAGUCCGGGAGGGUGCCAUCAACUUUUCGGUGUUAUUUCUCAGCACCGAUCUUGACGACAGCGGACCCGACGUACCUGAAUCGAACCAGCACCUCCCUGCACUGGGCCCUUCAGGCACUGGCCGAAUCAAGGACAUGUGCCUGUGGGGUGACCAACACCGUAUCCUGCAGGUCCUGAUCAACCUUGUCAGCAACAGUCUCAAAUUUACUCCCUCGGGCGGUAAGGUAGCGGUCAGAAUCCGCUGCCUCCACGAGAUCGAGCACGGACAAGACGAGAGUAGGUCCUCGUCUACCUCGCGGAACGGUUCAGCUAGAGGCCGGGCGAGGCGCCGGGUUGGCUCUGGCUCGAAUCACUCAACUAGCUCCCGGGGACAAACUACUCCGCAAGCGCAGUACAAGGGAGGCACGGUGUUGUCCAUUAACCCCAUGGAACCCAAGGUCGUGCCGCAAGUCCACGUUCGCGAGCGAUCGCAAACGCCGCCGCCUCCUAAUGCCAAAUCCUUCAUGUACGAGUUCGAGGUUGAGGACAGUGGCCCCGGUAUCGCCGAGCACAUGCAGGACCGAGUCUUCGAGCCGUUUGUGCAAGGUGAUUUGGGACUCAGCAAGAAGUAUGGUGGCACAGGUCUGGGGUUGAGCAUCUGCCAGCAGCUCGCUCAUCUGAUGGGUGGCACCAUAACACUGCGAAGUACGGUUGGUGUCGGCACUACAUUCACGAUGCAAAUCCCCCUCAAGUACACAAGUGAAAGGCCAUCGAGUACCGCCUCCAGCAGUAUGCGCUCCCGCCACUCCAGCGUCACCUCUCUGGAGGGUGAGAACCGCAAGGCGUCAAUCACCCAGGCCAACGCGGAAGUGAAAGCCAGCGUGCUCGAGCAGCAACCUCGAUUAGUUGGUCUCCGCCAGCCUUUCUUCGCUGCCAACCCAAGCACAAACUCUGGACCGUCGGCAGAUGAGCAGAUGAAAGUUGUCGAGCAGGCCGCGGCACAGAAGGCCAACGGCAAGCUGCGGGUCCUAGUGGCUGACGACAAUCAAACCAACGUAGAGGUUGUCACGCGGAUGCUCAAGCUUGAGGACAACUACGAUGUCACGAUUGCCACCGACGGACAAGAAGCCUACGACUUGGUCAAGGCCAAUAUGGAGAAGAACCGCAACUUUGACUUGAUUUUGAUGGAUAUCCAGAUGCCCAACCUGGACGGCUUGCAAAGCACACGGCUGAUCCGCAAGAUGGGUUACAGCGCGCCCAUCGUCGCCCUAACGGCUUUCUCCGAGGAGAGCAACAAGAGGGAGUGUAUUGAGUCCGGCAUGGACGAGUUUCUGGCCAAGCCUAUCCGCCGGCCGGCUCUGAAGCAAGUGCUGAAGAAGUUUGCUACGAUCCCCGAAGAACCCGAGACGACUUCUUUGAAGAAGAAGAACAGUUCCGAGAAGAGCACCACCUCGUCCGACCACGGCUCGGUCACCGCCAACGGUACGGUGUCGUCCGCGGACCAGAUAGAGCCUGCAGACGCCGCGGCGAAGCCCCACAUGAACGGGAAUGCGAAACCGACCAUCUCGGUCUCCGCGGCACCUGCGGCAACACUAUAA